AUGUCCACAACCGUGGAAAAGAUCAAGGAGAUUGAGGCCGAGAUGGCCAGGACGCAAAAGAAUAAAGCCACGUCGUUCCAUCUAGGUCAACUCAAAGCCAAGCUAGCCAAGCUCAAGCGUGAACUGCUCACCCCCAGCGGCGGAGGCGGCGGAGGCGGCGCCGGUUUCGACGUUGCCAGAACCGGGGUUGCCAGCAUAGGAUUCAUCGGGUUUCCCUCGGUAGGGAAAAGCACGCUGAUGAGCCACCUGACGGGACAGCAUUCCGAGGCAGCGGCCUACGAGUUUACUACACUGACGUCCGUUCCCGGUCAAGUCAUGUACAACGGCGCGCCGCUGCAGAUGAUCGAUUUACCUGGCAUUAUCGAGGGCGCCAAAGACGGCCGCGGUCGAGGCCGGCAAGUCAUUGCCGUGGCCAAGACAUGCCACCUUAUAUUCAUCGUGCUCGACGUCAAUAAACCCUUGACCGACAAACGCGUCAUCGAAUCCGAACUAGAAGGCUUCGGUAUCCGGAUCAACAAGGAACCCCCCAACAUCACCUUCAGAAAAAAGGACAAGGGCGGCCUCAACAUCACAAGCACGGUUCCUUUGACGCACAUUGACAACGACGAGAUCAAGGCGGUCAUGAGCGAGUACAGGAUAAACUCGGCUGACAUCACAAUACGCUGCGACGCCACCGUCGAUGACUUGAUUGACGUUUUGGAAGCCAAGAGCCGAGCUUAUAUCCCUGUUGUAUACUGUCUCAACAAGAUUGAUUCCAUCAGCAUCGAGGAGCUGGACCUGCUGUACCGAAUACCCAACUCUGUCCCCAUUAGCUCGGAACACGGUUGGAACAUUGAUGAGUUGAUGGAAGCCAUGUGGGACAAGCUCAACCUCAAGCGUGUCUAUACCAAGCCCAAGGGCCGGGCACCAGACUACUCGGCCCCCGUGGUGCUCCGGUCAAACCGUUGCACCGUUGAAGAUUUCUGUAAUGCGAUCCAUCGAAGUAUAGUGGAACAGUUCAAAGGAGCCAUUGUGUAUGGCAAGUCCGUGAAGCAUCAGCCGCAACGGGUCGGGCUGGCCCACGAGCUGGAAGAUGAGGACGUUGUCACCAUUAUCAAGCGAUGA